CUGACCCACAUUCCUCCACUGUUCUCAUGACUCUCAAACUUGUCAAAGUCGACCAUGAAACCUUGGUAGUCGAUUAGUUUAUUAGUUUAUUUAUUUGUUUUCAUUUGAUCGAAGGACCGAUGAUGGCAACCUCCUUUCAUCUGCUCGGCAUUAUUCUGGAAAUAACUUUUAUUGCUGAAGUACCCAAUGAAGGAGAUCCAUCCUGAUGGGAAGGACUCAGUAUGGGACGCCAAGACGGGCUUCACUAUCCCCACUCAUCUGAUCAGCUACGCCGGCGUCGUGUCCUGCCAGACCCGAAUAGGAAACGAGACAUUUAAUUCUCCUCUCUACAUUGUGGCUGUUGUUGGAUACAAGAUUUAUGACCUCACUGUGACCCCCCUACAGCAGAGGCUCUCUGUGGAGGAGCGGCUGAUACUCAGCUGCACUGCUCACACUGARCUCAACGUGGGCAUCGAAUUCAACUGGACACACUCCAGAGGGGCUCUGAACUUGGACAAUGGUUUGAGACUGUCCCACACCGUUUCCCAAAAGAAGAAGCUGUGGAAUUCUCUGGAGCUUUCCAAUACCCUCAUCGUGGAGAACGUUACAGUGAAUCACACGGGAGAGUUCACCUGCGUUGCUUCCAGUGGCCAGAUGGAGAAAAGGGCCUCGGCAUAUCUCAAGGUUUAUGAAAAGCCCUUCAUUGACAUAAAAGAACCGUGGACAAAGGUUUGGGAAGUAAAUUUAGUGGGGGAUCAAACAUCAACACUGAUUCCUGUUAUAUACUCAGCGUAUCCAGAGCCCAGUUUUAAAUGGCUAAAAAAUGGUGAGGCGCUGAAGGACGACUACAGAAUAAAGCAGAAAAGCGAUGCCCUGAUCAUCCAUAGAGUCACUGAAAUGGAUGCAGGGAACUACACGGUGAUCUUGAUCAAUAAGAUGACUAAGGAGGAACAAAGACGCUCUGUMCACCUGUUGGUCAAUGUGCGCCCUCGUAUCAUUGAGAAAGAGAUGGCUACAGACAAUGACGUGUACGAGUAUGGUAAGAGCCCCACCUUGAGGUGCACGGCCUAUGGGUUUCCCAUUCCUGAGCACAUGCAGUGGCAAUGGAUGUCUAAGGAGGACUGCCCCCAGG